AAUGGAGAGAUAACCGAUCCAAAUGAGUUAGCGGAAAGCUUCAAUGAUUAUUUUACUAAUAUUGGCCCAGAUAUUGCAAAAACGAUCGAUAAAGGUGACAGAAAUUUCACGGAUUACAUAACUAGAGUAACUAGCAAUUUUAAGUUCCAAGCUGUAUCUGAAUCGAAAGUUCAUAGACUUCUUUUGUCUCUAAAUCCCGGUAAAUCUACCGGUAUUGACAAAAUUCCAGCUAAAAUUAGUCGUAUUGCUUCCCCAGUAAUUGCAAAUUCCUUGGCAAAAAUUUUUAAUAGGGCAAUCACCAGUGAAUCCGUUCCAUCUGAAUGGAAAGCAGCGAGAGUUACACCUUUACAUAAAAAAGGCCCUCGAAACCUGUUAAAUAAUUAUCGCCCUAUAUCCAUUCUUCCUGUU